UCGAACUUCCCUGUGUUACUUGGCUAUCCGUGUAUGUGGACACCCACGGCCGUCAGGUCAUUCCUCAGCACUACAGGGUGCAAUGUCUGUGAGAAAUAGCUGUUUCCGUCGAUAAGGACUCUAGUUAUGGAGUUUGAAACUAAAAUCUACCCUCAGAUUGGUGGAUAUGGGCGAUACAACAGGAUCAUAACGCUUUUCAGCUGGUUUCCAAACUUUGCAGUAUCGUUGAAUCUCUUCAGCGAUGUUUUCUUCACGCUCAUCCCCGAGUCUUACCACUGCAAACCUGAUCUGGCGUUACUGCCGCCGUCUUCUCUUCUCGGAAACCUCUCCAGGCAAGCGUACCUCAACCUCACCAUCCCGUGGCUGAAGGGGUCUGGGUUCAGUCACUGCGAACUUUACAAGUACCCUGAGAAUAUAAGCAACUACACAGAGAACGUGCCGAGGGACGUGGUGCAGUGCACUAAAGGAUGGGAGUACGGCAAACCGGCGGGACUCCAGAACAAUUUAGUGACCGAGUGGGACUUAGUGUGUGCCGACUACUGGAAGAUUCCACUCCAACACAUAUGUUUUAUGACAGGCUGGACCCUGGGCUAUAUACUCCUUGGCACUAUAUGUGACUGGUUGGGUCGUCGGUGUGCUCUGCUGCUGUCAGUGGUUCUCUCUGGCUUGCUGGGAAUCAUGUCUUGUCUUUCUAACAGUCCUUCUGCAUUCCCAUUUCUUCGACUCUGCCAAGGCUCAACAUUAGCCGGAGUGUUUUUGUCAUCUUAUAUUGCACGACUGGAAUGGUGUGACCCGCCUCACAGACUUAUGGUGUCCAUGGUCAGUGGCUUCUUUGCCGUGUUUGCAGAGCUUUUGUUGCCAGGGUUUGCCGUGCUUUGCCGUGAUUGGCCUGUACUUCAGGCUGUUGCCACACUGCCCCUGCUGCUACUACUUUCCUAUUGGUGCUGUACUUCAGUGUUCCCAGAAUCUCCUCGUUGGCUCAUGGCCACAUCUCAGAUUCCUCAAGCAAAGAAGUGUCUCCAGUCUUUUUCAGUACGAAAUGGCGUGUGUGUUAGUGAUGAGCUCUACCCCGCUGAAACACUGCUGUCAGAGAUAGAUGAGGUAUUCCCUGAAGACAUCCAGCCAGAGUAUCAUCAUGUUGUAGAGUUGCGUCACACCAGAGUCAUCUGGAAGAACUGCCUCAUCUUGGGCUUCACUCUCUUCAUUGGCACAGGAAUCCAGUACUGCUUCACGCGUAACCUGCAUAUCUACUCGCCACACUUCUACUUCAGCUAUUUUCUGCGUGUGCUGACUGGAGCUCUGGCCUGCAUCUUCUUGUGUGUGUCUGUGGACCGCUUUGGCCGCAGGGGGAUGCUGCUGCUGGCAGCCAUUGUCACGGGUCUGUCUUCACUGCUGCUGCUGGCCCUCACGCAAUACCUGCAUGGAGGGCUUGUUCUGGUUCUGUCUGUAGUGGGUCUCCUCUCAUCUCAGGCUUUGGCCAUGCUCAGUGUGUUCUUUGGCAGUGAAGUCAUGCCAACUGUUGUCCGCGGUGGUACAUUGGGUCUGAUCAUGGCCGCAGGCUGCGUGGGAAUGGCUGCUUCCUCUCUAAUGGAGCUGCAGAAUAACGGUGGCUAUUUCCUGCAUCACGUGAUCUUUGCCUCCUUCGCCGUUCUCUCAGUCCUGUGUAUCAUGCUGCUGCCAGAGAGCAAACACAAGCCACUGCCAGACUCGCUUAAAGAUGGAGAGCGGCAACGGCGUCCUCCUCUCUUCCUCUCACGCAUGAACCGGGACAACCCACCCUUACUGCGCACGCAGCCUCACAGCUCCGAGUACAACCGGGACAAUUACUCCCGCCUCGUCACUGCCACCAAAAAGAUGCUCGCCAAAGAUGCUCUGCCAUACAAGAUCUCCAUUUCGCCACAAGCGCCUCUACUGGCCAGUAAUGGCACUGCUCCAGACGCCAAUGACGACUCAUCCUAGCAUUUCACCAAAGCUGUUUUAGACACGCAGGACCUCAUCUCAUAACAUGGCCAAUUUGGCCACUGCGUCUUUUCCCAGGGAAGACGUCGUCUUGGUGUUUAAAAUGUGGAGUAUGUUGAGUAUUUGGUUGAUGAAUGGUAAAGUUUUCAGUUUGCUGUGACUUUGUACAUUGAUUUUGUAUUGGUUAGGAAUCCCAACUCUAUGCACAGAUGUUGCUGGGAGACUCUGUCCAUAGUUUAUAAGCUAUCAUGUCUCUCCUUUAUGUUUGAAUGGAGUUUAAGAUUUAGCAUCGUGUCCACUAAUAGUCACCUGAGAGCCAUCGCCUGUCCACUUAGCGGGUGCAUCUCAUGUCUCUCAUUAGUGUAGUCCUGUGACUAAAGCAUAAAAGCUUACUUAACCUCACCGACUGGUGAUUCACUGAGGGGUGCUAAAACAUCCACUCAAUAUCAUAGUUUUAUUUGGAACGAAUGGCUCUCGAUGACGUCAGAAUCGCUAGGGAAAAGUCUACUCUUUAUAAUGUUGGAAUGUGAUUUGUUUUCUGUGGAAUGGUAGCUCAUCUCAAUUUCUCCUUGUGGAGAUUUGUCGUAUGACAUUCCUAUCUUUCUGCUGUUUUGUCUACAUGUCAAGUUGCGUUUUUUUUCGUGUGUCAAGCAGAGCUAGAACUGAACCAAACCUGACAAAGCAAGGGAACUGUUUUUGUCAUUGUGUUUGCGUUCCUAUUUCUAUUACAUGUUUGAAAUGGAAAUAAACUGUUUACUGUACCAAGUUGAAGUAGUGCUCCUUGUAUGUCUGAUCCUGAAGCUAAUAUUUAACAAGUGAGCAAAUUUAGACACUUGGUGUACCAGAGGGCUGCCGCAUUUGCGUACUUUGUGUUUGCUGUUUAAUAAUAGAAAUGAAAGGUCUGACAGUGUGGUUGUGAAUGCUUUGUCACGUGCAGUUCUUACUUGUAUGAAGUGUUUACCACCACAUUUCUCUUCUUUGGCAGAGAUGUGGGAAUUCAUUCAGUGCAACCUUCAUACUGCAUUAUAGAUAUUUUCUAGCUGUAUAGUGUAUUGGGUGUGCAUUAUGGCAGUGGUUCCUAAACUUUUUUUUUUUUGUCAGCCGAACCCUAUUCAUAAAAUAUGAAAUGCUUACCCCUGAGUUAAUAUUUAAAUAAUUUCACUAUUAAUUUAAUGAUGUUUACAGUUGUCUGUUAUCAGUUAGUGCUCACAAUAACAUGCCUGUAAAAAUAAAAUAAAAAUAUUUCAUCUUUUUUUUUUUUAGUG